AUGACAGUUCUUACUCCAGCUCCCGAACAGCCAUCACUCAAGGUCUUUGGGAUCCCCGAAUUGGCUCAUUUAAUCUGUUCUGGUCUUCAAAGGCGCGAUAAUGCUGGCCUUAUGCGCGUCUGUCGCCGGCCUUUCUGCUACGUCCUACCUUUUGUGUGGGAAGAAGUCGACGAGGCUAAUGCUUUAGUUUCUAUGAUACCUGGAGGUGGUAUUAUUACCUAUGAGUCUGAGCUGUCCCCAUAUGUGGUCAUGCAACUGCCCAGUGCGCUGGAGCUAUCACGGUUUAACAUCUAUGCCCCUCAUGUCAGACGCUUUACUCCUUGCGCCUUGCACAUCGACCAGUAUGAGGGAUGGGAAAGAUUCCUUGCUUGCACACAGUCUAUAGAUCUACUUCCAAACCUGGAAGCGCUCUAUCUUCCUGUAGAUGAUUACAAUUGGGAUAGACACCCGGACAGAAUACAAGCCGAAUCAGCGAAUUGGGUUACCGCAUUCUUGUCCGCCUCCCUGCGGACGUUGAGGAUGAUUCCUUCACAAGCUACAGAUCCAAUCCCAAUUCCGAAAAAACACUGGCUGGGCUUUAAUUCGACCAACAAUCUCAUGGCUACCAUUUCGCAGAGAUGCCCGCAGCUAUCCUCACUGGAAAUCUUUCCUGAUCCUCAUUCUUGGAAGGUUCAGUUCGAGGUCCCGCUCUCUCAAGAAGUUUCGUUCUCGCACGAUUCGCCUCAAUUUUAUUUGAAUCUAGUUGGCCUCAGUAAUUUGUCUUACUUGUCGAUUUCCCGGGCUAUUUUGAGUGAAAGGGCUCUUGUCGCUAUCUCGACUCUUCAUAACCUCCAAUCUCUACGUGUUUUGGGUCAUCACCCUGACAAUGAGAUAUACUGCGAUGAUCUGCAGAUACCUAUUGACGGGUUUCCGGUUCUCGGGAACCUAGAACUUUGCCACUUGGACUGGAACACUAUGGUCAACAUAUGUAAAUCAAGGCCAAUCGUUUCCUGCCUCAAUUCUAUGGCUAUUACAUAUCCAACUCGCGAGGAUAGUAGUCAUAUCCAUGAGCAAUCUGUGGGUUUAUCGCACGCCAUUUCCUAUCUAGCAGCCAACGGUGCUACUAUCACUACACUAUUAGUAAAAAAUCGCCUCCCUCAGCACUUCGCACCGGAAGCGCUUCAAUUCUGGAAGCGUCUUCCGUUGACUAGCGUCCAUUUAGAAAUGAGGGUACCCCUUGAUAAUGAGCUCGAAGCCUUUUGCGCUCUCCUAUCGUCUAUGCCUCUCUUGGAAGAUCUUAAACUGUAUACAUCAUACGAGUCUUUUGAUCUGAGCAUGCUGAAGAUCAUUGUUGAACUUUUACCUCGUCUUCGCUCUCUACGGAUCCCAGUCGAGUGGAAGCAGAUCAUAACACUCACGGAGGCGGAUUUUGCACUAUCCCGGUCGCAAAAUGCGAAUCCACUCCAUAUAAGGAGCGACUUUUAUCUUCCCGAUCCAAAGCAGGAAAACGCCGAACGAGUUGCCAGGUGA